AUGGCGGGGUGCAUGGGUCUCAGUCUUUGCAUUAAAAAGCUAGCACUGUGGAAAACGGCAACGUUUAAACCCCUGAUGACGCACGACGAGCUCGAUCCCAUAAUGGCCACCAUGGGUUUCGUCGGCCUCCCGCCAUAUGAGGAAGGUUCCGGCUUCGUUUGGAAGGAGUACGUUUAUUACACGGCGAGGCGGCCCAAAUCUUUCCCUUCCUUACGUUCCAGGGCAGAUGAACCGCCCCCGCCGACGAUCGAUCUCCGGAGACCCAAGUUGCCUUACCCCCGGAUUGACGGGGUCCACAUCCACACUUAUCGCGCUUUUCUCGACGCCGUUAACUUUUAUAUCCGGAUGUGGGAUAUUUCCGAUGUCUUCCACAUUAGGGGAAUGCCUAUUCAGCCUUACGACCGAUGCCGGAGGUGGCGAUGUAUGAUAGACGGUAGUAACUUUGUGUACAGCGACGGAACACUGGAAGUGUCUUUGCAUCGCUUCGCCAAAUCAAACUCUGACAAUGGCGGUGAUGUCGGCGGCAGUAAUGACGACAAUUAUGGCUCCGUUGGCAUGAGGGAGAAAGGGAACAGGGAGCAGGCUAGCUGCUUUGUAGCGUUGAAGGAUAUUAUUGUUUGUAAUGUAUGA